UUGCACUCUACAAUAUUUGCACACCUAGCGUUCCAUAAUUGACGAGAUGCGCUCAAAAUCUGAACGAAAUGGCUGUCAAUUUUAGGAUUGGAGAGUGUUUUACGACGUAUAAAGACCUGGAAGAAAAGAUCAAAAGAUUUGUUAGGAGCUCAUGGUCUCCACUUUACAUCAGAGAAUCAAGAAAGAUCACAUGUACUCGUCGGGCUCCUAAUAAAGUCGUGAACGAGAGCCUGGUUUACGGCGAUUUGAGGUAUUGCUGCAUUCAUGGAGGACGAAGUGGAGAUGCCCAAAACCGCAAAAGCACCCAUCAAAUGGCAUGUCCAUUCAUGAUGACCCUCCGAGCCGAUGCAGAUGGCCGGUACCUCAGGGUCACCAAAGCCAUUCUGGAGCACAACCACCCAGUGUCAAAGGAGAUAUAUGACCAGUUACCUCGCAGGUUUCGCAUCAGAUUCGAUCCAGAGGCUCAUCCUACACCUGCCUCAAGACAUAAGACAAAGAAGAAGCUGAGUAGGCACCCUUACUCAAUGAAACGAGAAGAGGUUGUCAAAGCAGAACAGUCGAUAUCACCAAAACCAGAAAACAACAAUCUUGCAGCUAACUCCAUUCACAUGAACAAUCACGGACUACCCAACCACGUUGUCCUAGACACCAUCUCUGAAGCACCACGUUUCCAGGUUCCCGCAUCAUCAACCGAAUGCCACAACUCCUGGAGCGAUGACCUCGAGGGAAUGCUUCCCCCAAAGAAACGGCGGUCCAGCAUUUCAAACGAGGACUUACAUGACACCCUCGUGUCUCAAGCGCAGAGGCAAGUGGAGCGCGAGAAGGACUCGGGCGAAGUCCGCGGGGCGCUGCUCUCGUACCUCCGGAGGCACAAUGAACAGGAUGAGGAGGACAGAUUUUUCUUGAGCAUGGCUGCCGUCGUCAGGACACUGCCAACGGAUGUCCGAGCAACUCUGAAGUUUCGCAUCCAUCACAUGAUAUUCGAUGCGCAGAUGGAUAACAUGUCACAGACCUCAUAGCAGGAAUCAGUAGGGAUUAGUGUUGUACCCAUCGCUGGAAGGUUUUUUUCAAAUGUGGUAUCAACUUGCAGAUAUCAUUAAAUGGAUAUUACUGGAGCGGGUUUGUUGUACAACUCAUUUUGUUCAGAGAUUUUCUUUCUUCUUUUACCCAAAAUUCUUCCUUUUUUUGUUCACUUUGUUUAUUUUAUUUUACCUAUUGUCAUUAGGCCAUGGCAAAGAUGGGAAUAUUUAUCAGUCUUCAUUUAGUUGCUGUGAAUUGCCAAAUUAGACCUUUAAUUAGAAGAUAUUUAAUUUGAAGUUAUGUACAUUAUAUUUUUCUUACUUCCAGUUUGUUCAAAAAAUUGUCUUGAGCAAAUAUCUUCAUGAAAUAUGUUCAAUGAUGUGCAGAGUGGUUAAUUUAUUUGCAAUAGUAUGACUAUGUAAUGUAUUGUAUCGUGCAAUACCACACAUAAAUGAAGUCAGGAGAACAAAAUAUAAAUAUUUUGAUUGCUUUAAGAUAAUCAGUUACUAAUAAGACCAAGUGAUAUCUCUUGGAAAAUAUAAUUCUUCAUUUAUUUUGAAUUUCAAAGGAGUUGUUAGCUAUUUGUAACCAGAGGUUACCCACAUGUAAUAUUACAUACCGGUACUAGCCUAGAAAGGGUUGUCUGUAUGAAGUCAGUUUCAAACUGACAUAUUUUUUUUUGGGGGGGGGGGGGAUGGGGGCCAUAUUUUGGAGAGAUUUUCAUAUUAUGGUCUAAAAUUAACUGGUAUCUCUUAGAAAAAAAAACAUUCUAAGCCCUGGAAAGAUCAUGGAAUUUCAUAUUUUACAAAUAUUUGCAUUUUCCUCAGAUGAUAAUAUCCAAGGCAUUCUACCUCCUCAAAUACAUAUUCUUGUGAUGCAUAACACUGCCAUGUUUCAUUUAACCCAUUCAAUAUGAGAACCUUAAAAAGGCUUUCAAUCAUCUUUUCUUCUUUAAAUUGGUAAUUUUUCUUUUAAAAGUAUGUUUUAUGUUGUCAUAAAAUGUGUUAUAUGAAGAAAAAAAAACACAGGGACUUCAAUAUUAUAUUGUAUGAAAAUAGCUGAAUUAUGUGAUAAAAAAAACUGAUUUUCAACUUGUACAUGUAUGUUGCCAAUUUGAUCAUUUGAUGAUGAGCGUGUUUUGAAUUUUGUCUUUAAAAAAAAAAAUCCGGGUAUCGAUCAAUAAAUAUAUUUUGAUGCAUUAGAAA